CUGGGGGCGGGGCGGGCGGCUCGGCCCUCCUCCUAGGCGCACCCCUCCUCCCGGGCGCACCCCUAAGGGAAGAAAAGACACCCGGGGACGCGAGGAAAAGUUUCUUCCAGGCAGGGCCGCCUCGGUGCUGCCCCGCACACCGUCAGGUUUAGCCCGUCUUCCUUGCUGCGGGGCUCGGAACCUUUAGCCCACCGGCAGUGAAACCCAGGCCGCCCGGCCAGCCUCGGCCCCGAGGACGCAGGGACAGCCUGGGAGCGUGGAGCCACUGGCUGUUCACACGGGGACCGUGGGCACCCACCCUCCAGGCUGCCAGUCACUCUCCCCCGCAACUUUGCGUGCUUUGUUCGCUGGCUGGAAAUGAUUCACCGAAGCGCCGUGGACAGGGUCUUAGCCAGUCGGCAAGGGCUCGGUCCUGAGACGUGUUACGCUCUCAGCUCCCCAUCAAUUAUGGAUGGAAACAAAUAAGGAAGAGUCAAUUUUGUAUGAGCCGCGUCUUCCGCGGCCAGAGGCAUCCAGUAGCCGGGAACAGCGGCAGAGAAGCCGAGCCCAACCAACAUCCAGGUAGCUAGGCGGGAUUUCUGAGGAGGGCCCUCAGAUUUCUUCUUGGCCAACCAUGAGGUUUUUUCUGCUUUGUUUCUGCGUGCUGUUCCUCCUGGUCUCCAGGUUACGGGCAGUCAGCUUCCCUGAAGACGACGAGCCCCUUAACACUGUUGAUUAUCACUAUUCAAGGCAAUAUCCGGUUUUUAGAGGACGCCCUUCAGGCAACGAAUCCCAGCAUAGGCUGGACUUUCAGCUGAUGUUGAAAAUUCGAGACACACUUUAUAUUGCUGGCAGAGAUCAAGUCUAUACAGUGAACUUAAAUGAAAUCCCCAAAACAGAGGUCAUACCAAGCAAGAAGCUGACAUGGAGGUCCAGACAACAGGAUCGAGAAAAUUGUGCUAUGAAAGGCAAGCAUAAAGAUGAGUGCCACAACUUCAUCAAAGUAUUUGUUCCAAGAAAUGAUGAGAUGGUUUUCGUCUGUGGUACCAAUGCUUUCAACCCAAUGUGUAGAUACUACAGGUUGAAUACCUUAGAGUAUGAUGGGGAAGAAAUUAGCGGCCUGGCACGAUGCCCAUUUGAUGCCAGACAAACCAAUGUUGCCCUCUUUGCCGAUGGGAAACUGUAUUCUGCCACAGUGGCUGAUUUCCUGGCCAGUGAUGCUGUCAUUUAUAGAAGCAUGGGUGAUGGAUCUGCCCUUCGCACAAUAAAAUAUGAUUCCAAAUGGAUCAAAGAACCACACUUUCUUCAUGCCAUAGAAUAUGGAAACUAUGUCUAUUUCUUCUUCAGAGAAAUUGCUGUGGAGCAUAAUAACUUAGGCAAGGCUGUGUAUUCCCGCGUGGCUCGCAUUUGUAAAAACGACAUGGGUGGCUCUCAGCGGGUCCUGGAGAAACAUUGGACUUCCUUCCUGAAGGCUCGACUUAACUGCUCUGUCCCUGGGGAUUCCUUUUUCUACUUCGACGUUCUGCAGUCCAUCACAGACAUAAUCCAGAUCAACGGGGUCCCCACUGUGAUUGGGGUCUUCACCACGCAGCUCAACAGCAUUCCUGGUUCUGCAGUCUGUGCCUUUAGCAUGGACGACAUUGAGAAAGUGUUCAAAGGACGGUUCAAAGAACAGAAAACCCCAGACUCUGUUUGGACAGCAGUUCCAGAAGACAAAGUACCAAAACCAAGGCCUGGCUGUUGUGCCAAACAUGGCCUCGCAGAAGCUUACAAAACCUCCAUCGACUUCCCAGAUGAGACCCUGUCUUUCAUCAAGUCCCAUCCCCUAAUGGAUUCUGCUGUUCCACCCAUUGCUGACGAGCCCUGGUUCACAAAGACACGGGUCAGGUACAGGUUGACGGCCAUCGAAGUGGACCAUUCGGCAGGGCCCUUCCAGAACUACACAGUCAUCUUUGUUGGCUCUGAAGCCGGUGUCGUGCUUAAAGUAUUGGCAAAGACCAGUCCUUUCUCUUUGAAUGACAGUGUAUUGCUGGAAGAGAUUGAAGCCUACAACCAAGCCAAGUGCAGCGCUGAGAGUGAGGAGGACAGAAAGGUCGUCUCCUUACAGUUGGACAAAGAUCACCACGCUUUAUAUGUGGCCUUCUCCAGCUGUGUUGUCCGCAUCCCCCUCAGUCGUUGUGAGCGCUACGGAUCCUGUAAAAAGUCUUGCAUUGCAUCACGUGACCCGUACUGUGGUUGGUUAAGCCAGGGAGUUUGUGAGAGAGUGACCCUAGGGAUGCUGCUGUUAACUGAAGACUUCUUUGCUUUCCAUAACCACAGCGCUGGAGGAUAUGAGCAAGAUACAGAGUACGGCAACACGGCCCACCUAGGGGACUGCCAUGAAAGUUUGCCUACUUCAACUACACCAGAUUACAAAAUAUUUGGCGGUCCAACAUCUGACAUGGAGGUAUCUUCAUCUUCUGUUGCCACUGUGGCAAGUAGCCCAGAAAUUACAUCUAAAGUGGUUGAUACCUGGAGACCUAAACUGACGAGCUCCCGGAAAUUUGUAGUUCAAGAUGACCCAUACACUUCUGAUUUUACUGAUACUAUAUCAGGUAUCCCAAAGGGUGUGCGGUGGGAAGUCCAAUCAGGAGACUCAAACCAGAUGGUCCACAUGAAUGUCCUCAUCACCUGUGUGUUUGCCGCUUUCGUCUUGGGCGCAUUCAUUGCAGGCGUGGCUGUGUACUGCUACCGAGACAUGUUUGUUCGGAAGAACAGAAAGAUGCAUAAGGAUGCGGAAUCAGCCCAGUCGUGCACAGACUCCAGCGGAAGCUUCGCCAAGCUCAACGGUCUCUUUGACAGUCCCGUCAAGGAAUACCAACAGAACAUCGAUUCUCCUAAACUCUAUAGCAACCUGCUGACCAGUCGGAAGGAGCUGCCACCCAACGUGGAUACAAAAUCCAUGGUCAUGGACCACCGAGGCCAGCCUCCAGAGCUGGCUGCUCUCCCCACACCAGAGUCCACACCUGUACUCCAUCAGAAGACCCUGCAGGCCAUGAAGAGCCACUCUGACAAGGCCCACGGCCACGGUGCUUCCAGGAAAGAACAUCCCCAGUUCUUUCCUUCUAGUCCUCCUCCCCACUCCCCAUUAAGUCACGGGCAUAUCCCCAGCGCCAUUGUUCUUCCAAACGCCACCCAUGACUACAAUACAUCAUUUUCAAACUCUAAUGCUCACAAAGCCGAAAAGAAACUUCAAAACAUCGACCACCCUCUUACAAAGUCAUCCAGUAAGAGGGAGCACCGACGUUCUGUGGAUUCCAGAAACACCCUUAAUGAUCUCCUAAAGCAUCUAAAUGACCCAAACAGUAACCCCAAAGCCAUCAUGGGAGAAAUCCAUAUGGCCCAUCAAACCCUCAUGCUGGACCCAGUAGGAUCUAUGUCUGAGGUCCCACCUAAGGUCCCUAACAGGGAGGCAUCUCUCUACUCCCCUCCUUCAACACUCCCCAGAAAUAGUCCAACCAAGAGAGUAGAUGUUCCCACCACUCCUGGGGUCCCAAUGACAUCUCUAGAAAGACAAAGGGGCUAUCAUAAAAAUUCCUCCCAGAGGCACUCUAUAUCAGCUGUGCCUAAAAACUUAAACUCACCAAAUGGUGUUUUGUUAUCCAGACAGCAGAGUAUGAACCGUGGAGGAUACAUGCCCACUCCCACAGGGGCGAAGGUGGACUAUAUUCAGGGAACACCUGUGAGUGUCCACCUGCAGCCUUCCCUGUCUAGACAGAGCAGCUACACCAGUAAUGGCACCCUACCCAGGACGGGACUAAAGAGGACACCAUCCUUAAAACCUGAUGUGCCACCAAAGCCUUCCUUUGUUCCUCAAACCACACCUGUCAGACCACUGAACAAAUACACUUACUAGGCCUCAAGUGUGCUAUUCCUGUGUGGCUUUAUCCUGUCCCUGUUGUUGAGAGGUCGCUGUGAGCAGUACCUCAAGACAAGAUACCUGCUUGUAUUUUAAGAGAAACAAGUAGCCAAAGAAACUCUGUAACUUUGGUAACAUCAGAACUUGCCACAUGUAGCUACUGCAGCAAGGCUUCUGUGUACUGGCCUGAAACAGAGGGAGGUACUGGUCAUUCCAUUUCUCUUGUUUGAAGCUGAAGGGGAUGUGUAGCCUGGAAGGGCUCUCUUCACCAGUCUAUAGAGCUGACACAGUACUCAGAAGACUGAACAAAUACUUGAAAAUGGGUUCAAUUUAGACUGCCAUUAUGUGUGGUCUUCCCAUUAAAUGUGAACAUUUUAAUAUGUAUGCAUUCACCUUGCCUCUUGCACAAAUGUCAAAAUGAAAAGAUGGGAAUGUCUCAAAACAAAAUGAGCUUGUAGAUUACCAAGCAGUUUGCUAAAAAUUCAAUCUUUGAUCCAAACUGUAGCAUUUUUUUUCAACAUGUGGCACUGUUUUGUUUUUUGUUUUUUUCUGUUGUUGUUGUUGUUAUUUUUUGUUUUUUGAUGCCACCAACAAAACUGUUAGAGGUGUGUGUGUGUGUGUGUGUGUGUGUGUGUGUGUGUGUGUGUGUGUGUAUAACUGAGACAGUUCUGUAUCCAUUAGGGUUUAUUUAGGUGCCCAUUGCAUCUUUUUGUACUAUGGAGUUGUUUACACUAAGCAUGACUGAAGACAACUAACUUCCUCCCAUACCAAUCCAUUGUGUUCAGCUCCAAGAAGGAAAGUCAAGGCUCCUUUGAGUGUCAAAUGAUUAACUUAACCUAUGUGGUACCCAAUGUCAGAAUAUUUAAGAGUUCUAAAUAAUCUUGUGCUGCUAUUCAUCAAAACUUCUAUUCCAGCAUUGCCAGCUUAAGAAGUUAGAGAUAUGAAGAGGUAUUCUUGAUAUAUCUACCAGUAUUCAGUAGUAACAUUUACCUGUCCACUGUGAAUCGAAGCCGGAGGCACACUACUUAACUCUGGACACACUCAUAAAGGUUUCUUUUGAUUGUGUUAUUUUAUUUUACUUUCCAUGUAGCAAACAUUUUCUUCUGUUAACUCUUCCCUCCCCCAAGACAAAAAGAGAAAACCAAAACAGAGGACAAGAGAAAGAUACAGAAAAGGAAUUACAAUUGGCUUCCCAGAGAGGGUCUGAAACCCCAUCAGUGGUGGCACCCUGUCCUCUGUGUUUUGCUCUGAGGAUUCUCUCCUGAGUCAUGCAGGCAAUGACAGUAAACUGUAAAUACCACAUGUGAGUUUACCUGGAUCUGUGCAUUUUGUGCCUUAUUCAUGAGAGUGGUAGAAGUUCUGCAAUAUGUUGAGUGUUUCACUAUAGUGCACCAUUUCCCAUGUGCCAGUCAUAAAUGUUUUUCAGCCAGCACCUGAAGACUUCUUACAAAGUCAUAAAGCAACCUUGAGCAAUUUGUUGUCGAACACAUACAUACAUACAUACAUACACACACACACACACACACACACACACACAAGAACCAGAAGCAGUACCCACCCUUGCCAUGAUAAACAUUCCACCCCUGCUCUUCUGAUAAUGUGAAAUCAGAUGAGGGUUCCCAGGGAACAUGGCACCUGUGGAAACCAUGUCUAAAGUCAUUUCUGUGUAGCUUGGCAGAGCCCACUGAUGGCUGAUGAUGUGCGGUCUACUGACGACUUUGGUUAACCAACUGCCCAUCACCCAGUCAUUUACCCAACCUAAUCUAGAAAUUACCACAGCUGAGGAAGGCUCCUGACCCAGUCUGGGAAAGUUCAACCAGUAUCUCGGGACAGUGCCAAUGGUAUGCAUUACUUGGGGGAAGGAAUGGGUGCAGAACACCAGAUCAUUUUUGUACAGGAUGUAGAAUACUGCUGGAGUUGGUCUUUUCAUUCAAGAACAUUCUUUUGGAAAAAACAAUUCCCUGUGAUUUCUUGGAAACUCAAAAGCUGAAACACCUGUUCUCAAACUACUUCAGGUUUGCAACUAAAAUAUUACAAUUUAAUCAAUUAAACCAACCAACAAUAAGCACUACACAGUCUGCCACCAACAACGUGUUUGCAUUUACCUUACCAAUAUUAAUCCCAGUGUGGUAACUCAGUGUGACCCCCGAUAACAUUUUGUAACAUUGUGCUGCCUUAGAGUGUACUGUGAGUUCUAUCAGUAUUUAUGUUGAAAUUUCUAACAUGGAUUCUAGUCUCUAUUCUGUUAAUUUAAUUUUAAGUGCUUUAUCCAUUUGUGCAAAGGUAAACACAGAUUGUAUCUUUUUUAAUGGUACGGCAUAAAAAAAUAACCCUAAAGUGAAGUGGCUCUAUACUGUUUUAUAGAGUACUUUAACAUGUAUAGAUAUCUUGUAAACUUGUAUUGUGGAUGUGUAAAUAAUAUGUACUUUGGGUUUUUAACACCGCAUGUAAAGUCAAAAUAAAAUAUCCAAGUCAUUA